CGUCGUGUGUAGACGUGUGUCGGUUCCACAGUCGUAGUUACGUGCUUCGAGAAUUUACUAUUAUAAUCAGUUUGUUUAAUUGAUUGAUUAUUUAGGCGAGUGGUUACAGUGAAGUUCAUUUAAGCUAGGAAAAGGAUUUUUCGAGAUUUAUUUUUUUAUAAGCAAUAGUCGUUGUGUGAGCGAGAUGCCAACACAAGCUCGGUGCGACCGCGUCCCGCCAGCGGAUGGAGCAUGGGGUGCCCUUGAUUUGCGGGUGUUGCAAGAAGAUGACUUACCCCUCGAUCCGAGAGAAUGGUGUCGUGCGCAAGUCGGUGCGUGGGUGUCACGACGUGGCGGUCUACCUGAACGCUUCCCAAUGAACGGAAAAGCUCUUUGUCUCAUGUCAAAGGAUAUGUUCGCCGCGCGAGUCCCUCGACUUGGACAUGCCUUGCACCAGGAUUUUAGACGAAGACUCGCGAAAGCUUUAGCUCUUCAAGAACUCAUUGAAAAGUUAUCAUCAAAAUGAAUAUUAUCAACUUGAAAUAAUUCGGGCGGCUCUCAUUUGACGCCACACUCACUGAGUAUUGUAAUUCUAGACAUUAAAUAUACUGAAACGUAUAAUGAUAAAAUAUAUGUCGUCGUCUAUA